UUACAGUUUUUUAAAUGGCAAUGAAAUAAGUUGUUCAUUUCGAAGAGUAAAAUCAUCUUAAAUAUCCCAUCUUUUUCCUGCUUGAAGGAGAGGAGCAAGGAUAAGAAAUAUGGGAGACAAAACAUUUUCCGCAUUACAUUAUUCUCUCAUCGUGUUUACGCAUCGUGUUUGCAUUUAGUACUUAACUUAAAAAAAAAAAUCAGAAAAUUAACGCUGUUACUCCAUAUCAGCUCGAUUUUACACAGUCUACCGAGGCAUUUUCACCGAUUCAUUAUGAGCAAACCGAAGAUUGGUAUUAAUGGAUUUGGUCGCAUCGGUCGACUUGUCUUGAGAGCAGCAGUUGAAAAGGACACUGUUGAUGUAGUUGCUGUCAAUGAUCCAUUCAUCAACAUUGACUACAUGGUUUGCUGACGUUAAAAAUAUUUGCGUUCCUUCGUUUUUUUAGGUUCUAGAAAUAUUUUGAAGGCCGAUUGUUUGCAAUUUUGAAAUUUGUCUUCAAGUAAAAAACAUUGGAGAGGUCGACGUCAUUAUAAAUCACCUAAUUUUUUGAAUGUUAGUAUUUGCUAGUAGGUCCCGCUGGUGAGUAAUGUGAUUCAACUUAUCACGCAAGUGUUCGUGUGAAUUGCUGUUGAAAUCCUAUUUUUCAGGUGUACAUGUUUAAAUAUGAUUCAACACAUGGACGCUUCAAGGGUAAUGUUUCUGCUGAGGGAGGAAAGCUUGUUGUAACGAACGGCAAAAGGACCCAUCAUAUCUCUGUACACAACAGCAAAGAUCCCGCCGAAAUACCAUGGGGAGUAGAUGGCGCAGAAUAUGUUGUCGAAUCGACGGGCGUUUUUACAACAACGGAGAAAGCAAGUGCGCAUCUGAAGGGUGGUGCCAAGAAAGUCGUUAUUUCUGCUCCAUCAGCUGAUGCACCAAUGUUCGUAAUGGGUGUCAAUAAUGACAAAUAUGAUAAGGCCAACAAUCACAUCAUCUCUAAUGCUUCUUGCACCACCAAUUGUCUGGCUCCUUUGGCUAAGGUCAUCCAUGACAAGUUUGGAAUCAUUGAGGGCCUGAUGACCACUGUACAUGCAACAACGGCCACUCAAAAGACCGUCGAUGGGCCGUCCGGAAAGCUGUGGCGAGAUGGUCGUGGUGCUGCCCAAAACAUCAUCCCGGCAAGCACUGGUGCAGCGAAGGCUGUAGGAAAAGUCAUUCCGGAUUUGAACGGAAAGCUUACUGGUAUGGCUUUCCGUGUACCAACUCCGGAUGUAUCAGUUGUUGAUCUCACUUGCCGACUGCAGAAGGGUGCAACUAUGGAUGAAAUUAAGGCCGCUGUAAAGGAGGCGGCUAAUGGACCAAUGAAGGGGAUCUUGGAUUACACCGAAGACCAGGUUGUAUCAACUGAUUUCGUUGGUGAUACACAUUCAUCAAUCUUCGAUGCUCUGGCAUGUAUUUCUUUGAAUCCAAACUUCGUUAAGCUGAUUGCGUGGUACGAUAACGAAUAUGGCUACAGCAAUCGUGUUGUUGACCUUAUCUCUUACAUUGCCAGCCGAUAAAGAGCAUACAUCAUCGUCAUCAUGAGCUUGCUCUAUGAAAAACCAGAACGCUGUUAUGGAAAAAAAUUUUUCUUUUUGCUAAUUUUAUUAUUGGUAUGAACAGAAAUCCAUUAUUUCUCUUCAUUCUUAUCACUGUGUCCUAAGUAAACUUCCUCCCCAACAUCCUAUCGUAUAUCUCUCCUAGUUGACAUUUGUGUGCUUUUAAAAUUAUAAUGGGUAGACUAUGUUGCUGUUCGCGAGUUAGUUUGAAUUAAUAAACCUGUUCAGAG